UGAAGAAACCUGGCUAUAAUGCGGUUUCGACUAGCAUACUAGUUAUGCAGUGCUCACUUAUUCCAGGAUUCCCACCGUUUGGUACACUGGGGCAUCAAUCAAGAUGGCCCUAGCUCCCGCCCAUUUGGAUGGCCCAUUCUUCCCCUUCUUAAACUCCGACACAUGGAAACACGGGAUAGCCUUCUCGCGUUACUCCCAGGCGUAAGCGCCGCUAGUCAUAUUCAGAGACUGACUGUGAUUUGGUCGCUGAAUAGCGCUCUAGAUUUGUUAUUCCUUGCCUAAGUGAUCUCUGGCUUCGCAUUCGCUCAGGCUGCGGAGUUUUCAUACGCCCCCCUACCACUCAGGCCUACGGCGGCCUCUGUAGAUCCCGUCUUAAUGACUAUUUCCCCAGUGGGAUUCAAGGUACAAAAGGAACGCGAUUACUCCAGAACAGCCUGGAGGGGAGAACUCAGUUUCGGUUUCUUUUACUUUACUUAUCAGCGGGCAACUCUUUUAAAUACUCUUUCUAGGCUAAAUAAUCGAGUCAACUAUAUUUGUACUCUCCCUCCUCAUAACCCGACGUCCUUGACUCUCUACCACCCCUCACAUGUCGGCUCCAACUAAGUUACUCGGAAACCUAUCACUCGGAAGUGACAUGUCCUCUACUCGCGCAGGGUCCCAAAACCAAAGGCAAAAGCCUCCCUAUGCUACUGAAGACUCCUCUGAUAGCGAAUCUGAGGAAGAGCCAUUAAGUAGUGAAGGAGAGGAGGAGGAGGAAGAAGAAGAAGAAGAAGAAUGUUCCCCGUCGUCUCCUGUGACCUUUUCUGGAACAUCAUCCAUUGUCUAUGACCUUCAGAUGUUAUCUCAUAGUGCGAGGGCGAAAGCCCGGCAUGGGCUAAGUGGAGAGUUCUCUGUUGAUAAGUGCCGGCCAAUUUAUGGCGGUGGAUAUGACUUCCAUGUCGUUGAUUAUGGUCGCGUCUAUGUUGGCGAAGGACCGAUGGUUUGCUCAUGCCUAGACUUCCAAGGGAGCCACAUUGCUUGUCGACAUAUUUACUGGCUUGUUGAUCAACUUCAUCGGCGAGUUCUGACUAGCAGACCCUCUGGAGCUCUCAAGCUAUCCCAAAACGGAGAAUGUGAAAAACUGGACCCCAUGCUAGAACUCAUUGGAGGUCGCAUGGAAAAUAUAUGCCAGAAAGUGGAAUGGCCAUACAUUCCUACCCCAGGCACUCCCCCUGAUACACAAUGCAGCUCGACGUCUAUGUCACGCCCCGAGAAAGCCAGAGACCUCCUUUCAGCCUUCAGCGCAGACACCAUGCCCGAUGAAUUUCGCCCUGAACUUGUGGAAACGAUUAGACAGCCUCGUACCCCCGAGCAAUGCGUCGUCCAAGGCGACUUCGAGGCCACGAUGUUUCGUCUUGCUGUGCAUGAUGAAAAUGUCUAUGCCAGUCUUCGCAAGGUAAUGCCUUCUGGAGCCCGUGCUGCCAUAUUCUUUGACAAAGUACAAAGACGGAUCCGCUCUUUACUUGCUGAUUUCAAUCGGUACCGACAAAAAGGAACACCAAGACACUCAGACCAUACGGCCCUGGAGGUCGAUGUGGUUGCUGACGAGAUGCGAGAUCAUCUCCGACUAAUCCAGCAGAAUAUGUUUUCUCGCAGCCCGCAUGGCUUCAAGGGAGCAGCCGAGACCCUUCUCUACCUUCUCCGUGCAGUCUGCCAAUUCAACUUUGAUGCCUUCGAAACAAGCACAUGGGAGCGUCCUUCUGAAUCAGUUGAAACAGCAGAGGACCGAAACUUAUUCUUCCAGCUCAUUUAUAACCCAGUUAAUGGCGACGAUUUCUUUGUUCUCUCAUGCCUGGAGCAGUUACCAGAGGACAUCCUGCAACAAAUCACCCCUCAACUCGAUAAUAUUUUCAAUGACAUGCAAGUGAAUGCGGCACCGGUGCCUUACCUCCGAAAACUCCACAGUAUAAUAGCUGGCGACAUUCCGACAAAAACUGCUCUGGGUGCUGCUCUGAUACCUGGCACUAGUGGACAAAAGCGCCCAUCGACUGCUGCGUCUGGUAGUGGCCGAAAGAGAACAAAGUGA